AAUAAACAAGGUAGGUUUUUUAAAAGAACAUCAUAACAGUUUGCUCAGGUCUUGUUUAGUUUAUUCCAUGAGCACAGUGAUUGCAUUCAUUUAUCAAAAUUAUUGGCACAGUAGCAUGCAAUGUAUAAGUAUUGUGCAAAAAAUUGACACCACAAGAUCACUUGUGGAACAUGAUAUUGAGAACCAAGCUGAUCUGGUUUGUUUUCAAUAGUAAAUAGCAAAUAAUAUAGCUUGUUGGCUAACUAGCAAGUAUAGAGAAGACAUCUCCUUUCCUUUUGGUUUUUCUGCGUGUUAAACUAUCAUGGACCCUUCUGAAGUAUUGCUGGGAAACGGAGGGACCCAAGAAAGCCCUUUCAUGUAAUCGGAGGAAAAUCCAUCAGAAAGUUGCUGACACUGUUGCGCCUUUCGAUGUAUUUGCAAUGACCAAACUGACAGAGCUCUGUUCUGAUACGAAGGUUAACCGCUGUUGUUCAGAUCCCUGAAAAGAUCUAUACUACUAUUAUGCACAUCUAGAGUGCUUUAUGCCAUGACAUUAGAGGGAAGUUCCCGUUAAACUUGAUAUGUAAACUCAUUACGUGUACUGCUUUAAAAGCACCCUAUUUGCCCUUUUGCCACCAAUACCACUCAUUAGCACUUUCAAGAAAUAUCCUCCUUAAAUAAUUACCCCUCAUUUUAUUGUUCCUGCUUAGCUGUAAACAAAACAACUUUUCACAAUACAUGGAGUGGGUAAAUAUGUUAUGGUAGCUUAUGCUACGGCAACUUAUCCAUCCCUCACAGAGAAUCAACUGACAAAUUAGAGGGGGAAAACUCGUGCAUCUAAAUACCAGUUUGCACAGUAGGUCCAAUACUCAGUAGAUGCGCAUGCACAAGCUCCCAAUAUUAAUUUUACCUAAGCAGUACAAGGCUGUGCAAGUUAUUGCAUGUGUGUCUGCGGACCCAUCCCACGCACUUUUGAAGCGCGUGCACGCUGCCAAUGUUACAUAUAAACAAAGCUAAGAUAGGAUGAAACAACCGCCAUAUUACCGGACGGGCUGGACAAAACUGCGCACGCUGCAGUGGAGCGGCUUCUUCGGCGAGACUGUAAUUCACUCGCGACGGGGGUGUGGUUUCUGACAUCACUCGUAUUAAUACACUACAGCACUGGGGUUUUGAGGUCGGGCUUAGCCACGCAUUUUCUGCAAAGGCGAUACAGACUUUCCGUCGCAACGUUUUAUCUUAAAACGAAAUUAUUUUUGAUGGUCACAAACCGAAGCCUUUUGAUCUAGCUAACUGGAUUGUCGACCUUAUGCGCAAAGAACACACUGCUUUCUGUGGUGAGACAUUUUGAGGCAGUGUGACCUGCGCACAUGGACUGUGUGAAAAGGAAGUGGUAGGAAAGUACUUGUCUGUCUUCAGUGGAUUUACGUGGUUAGGUGCAGGUAUCCUGUGGCAACACCUGUGACUGAAGAGUGAGGAUUCUUGACAAAUUGCCAUUGCCAUCUGUGGAACGGUGCCAUCUCUGCAGAAUUUCGGGACGUUCAGCAGCUGCUGUCGGUCAGGUAGACCCAAAACGUUGCCAGCCCCCUCUCGCUACGCACAAACUCUCAAGUGCUCUGUUCUGAUCAUUUGCAGUCGCCAUCUUUGUCUGUCUGUUUUUUUUUUUUUUUUUUAAAAGCAGUCUGUACGUGGGUUGUGUACAUUUACAUUUAGAGUCUGAGCACAAGGGGAAGUGGAGCAUCACCAGUUCAUCAAAUAAAAGUAAAUCUGAGUCCUUCUCCCUCUUCGUGUAUGGUUCAGUUGUGGACUUUGGACGUGGUAGGUGAAUGUAGGCUGUCCUGCAGGAAAAUAUUAAUGGGCUGUCGGAGAGCGAGUCGCUAAGUUUUAUACGGACGAUAAAAGCACAGAUCCUGCGCAGCCUUGAAACUCAUGAGAUCCCCACACCAUGGGCUCCGACGGCUUCCAGUACCGCGCGCUGUUUGAGUACAAGCGGGAGCGAGGGGACGACAUUUCGCUGGAGCCCGGCGACGUCCUGACCGUGGGCAGGGCGUCCCUCCUCUCGGCGGCCGACCGCCAGGACGGGGACGAGCGGAGCCCCAAGGGCUGGCUGCACGGGACCAACGAGAGGACCAAAGAGAAGGGGGACUUCCCCGGGACGUACGUGGAGUACGUGGGGCCGGUGCGGGUCGGCCUGCCCGCGGCGAAGUCGUGGCCCAGGCCGGUGCCACCAACCCCGGGAGGGUCUCAGACGCCUGGGGGUACCCCUGCCGGAGCUCGACCAGCAAACGCCUCACAAAGGAGAAGGAGAGCGCUGAGGAGUGAAGCACUGGAGCUAAUGGAGGGGGAUUUAAAAUCUUCAAAGCCUUUCAGUGUGAUCUUUUUUUUUCAGAGCUCAGUGCUGUUGCUAUGAGUCUAGACAAGGGGGGUGUGGUGUAUUUUUGUGCUUGUGGGUGUUCUGCUGCUAACUGGACUCUUUUUGUUCCAAUAUUGCUGUUUAUGUAAUUGUCUGGAAUGCUGGUUUUUUU